AUGGGCAAAUUCUGGAGUGAGAUCGAGCGCCGGCUCUCUCACUUACCCAACCCUGAGGUCAACACGGCCUCAUCGCCUGCUCCGGCUAGUACGCGCAGUGCCGUCGCAUCGAAACCCACCAACACCAGGAAAUCCGGUAUCCUCACUCGCAAUCGCGCACUGCUCACUGUGUCGCCUCCGACCACUUCAUCGACUUCUUCGACUUCAACGACGUCUUCAACGAUGAUUCAUCAGAGCCCUAAUCCACAACCUGGUGCUUCCAGCUUGCCAGCUGGUUCCACUCGUGGUAAAAAGGCCACUGUCAACUCUGCACCCCGUCCUUCUCGCCUUGCCACUGAAACUAUCACCACUGGACACACGUUGUCUCAGGCUGCUCCAGCUGGUACCCCGCAAGGUACAAUCGCCACUCGCACUCUCACUACUGUACACACUUCGCUGCAGUCGCCGGUGGUUCCCCCAUUGGAUGAACCUGCCACUACCACUUCUAUGAAUGUCAGCCGCUCGGGUACUCAGAAGAACAAACAAACAGCUGCUCUGCACGCGGACAAUACACUGGAUGCUCUGAACGGUUCACUGCAGUUUGUCAACAGCACCAAAUCGAAGGGCGGCGGUGUACUGAUCGCGUGCUCAUCCAAACUUCGAGCAGCGCAAAUCGCCGUCACUCAGCAUGCACUGGAGAUUGUAUGGGUGACGAUCUCACCGCCGACUGGUUCGCGUAUCUUCCUCGGCGCUAUCUACAUACCACCGGAUUUAUCAUCUGAUGAGGAUACUCUCGAGUCACUCUCCGAAUGCUCUUCGCUAACUUGGACACCGGCUCCUACUACUAGUGCCGUCCCCUCGUCGCACCUUAUCCCGGUUUCGCGGGUACAGCCGAAUACAAACUCGGCUUUCCUAUCGAUGUUGCUGCAAUCUCAGCUACAACAGCAUAACGGCGUGGCUAAUCACAUGGGCAGGAUAGGCUCGGGCAGUCUGCCUAGCGCUAUGUACUUGAACGAUACCAUUGCCGACAACUCUGCUGACAUCUGCUCCCUGUUUGCCAUACAUUUUGCUGGGUUGUUCGCGGAACCGCUGUCCUCAGCGGCUAGCCUUGAGCCUGGCCUCUCCUACACGCCAGAGGGUGUGGUCAAUGUUGCCGAACUGCCAAUUGACGUGGAUCUCGUCGAGAAGGCGCUCUCCGAUCUUCGUCUCUCCUUCGCCCCUGAUCCUGAUGGCAUUCCGGCCUCUGUGUUUAAGCA